AUGAAGACGUACCGGUACGUUGUGUAUGGUUUGGAGCUCGAAUGGGAUCGUAAAUUAUGUGAAGAAUGCAAGGGCCAGGGCCUCUGCUUAUUUGAUGAUACCACCAAAUCUGUUAGCUGCUCUAAGCCCUGCAACAUGGAGCAUGUACGGUCCUUCAAUGUACGCGCCAUCGAGCUUCUGCACUAUUUUCCCUCACAAACGGGUAUCGGUAAGGAUUCUUUCUUCUUAUUAUCAAUGCUUAUUGGUACCACCAAUAAAAUUAUCAAGGUUUUGCUCUGGCUCAAGCCAUGGUUGCCUGUUCUUCUGGUCAUUGAGCCUAGGACAUGGGAUUUGUCUCCCAUUACCUUAUUAGGUGUAACAUUGUUUCUGCCGUUACAUUUAUCUGGUGUUCCUGAUCUGAGUUCAAUGCUGAGUAAAUUAGCUGAAGAUGAGCUAGUGGCUUUGGCUGGUGAUCAUGGUUUGUUAGAAUCAUUAGCUCUACUGGUCACUAUGAACAUUCUUAGGUCUUAUGCAGAAGUUGUGAGUCCUUUGGCUCAUAAGGAUUCAGAAGAUGAGAAUACGUACCAGUAUGUUGCAUUUGGCGAUUUGAAGGCUUCAGAAGUAGGAGACUCGUGCCAUGUUGAUCCAGUGAUUAUAACAAUUCCGCUGGAUAAAAAGAACCUAUCAUACAUCAAAAAUCUUGUGCAUGAUGGCCCGGAAUUAUCCGUCACAAUGUUAUCGGCCAUGUCAUUGAGCUCAAUCUUGGAAGUCUUUCUUACCGAGAAUACUAUGAUGCCUUCCCCGAUUCUACUUGCUCAUGACGAUGAAGAUUACGAGGGAUACCUCUUUAGGGAGGCUGGAUUUGGAGGUAUGAUUCCUCAUCAACUAGGAAACCUCUCAAAUCUUCAUUAUCUUAAUCUCCGUGAAUUUCUUGAUUUGAGUCUUGUGAAUCUCAAGAAAGCGUUUGAUUGGUUGGUGGUGAUAAACAAUGCACUCCCUUCUUUGGCACAAUUACAUUUGUCCUACUGCCAACUUCCUCCGAUUUCUCCAUUUGUCGGUGUCAACCUUUCUAACUUGAUCCGUCGGAGAAUCAAUUCAAUUCUUCGAUACCUAACUCGGUUGUAUUUUAGCCAUCUUGAGCUUCUCAACCUUGGAUUCAAUAACUUGCAAGGUGAAGUUUCAAGUGUCAUUGGAAAUAUGACCUCUCUUAUCGGUCUUGACUUGUCGGAUAAUUAUGAUCUCCAAUUCAAUCGAGGAAUCCCCGCAUCAUUCGAAAAUCUUUACAAUUUGAAGGUCCUACACAUAACCGAGGUCUUUGAAAUUCGUCGGGAUGUGUUUCGGAUAAGCUUGAGUCGUUGA